UUCCACUUUAACACAAGUUUCCUCACAAACAAAUUGCAUGAAGGGGGUGUUUUAUUUAAAUAGAUGACCUCUUUGUUUUAUUCAAAAGCUGAAAAAAAUAAAAGAAAAAAAGACUUGAACUUCAAUUGGAUUGAGGGAACAUUUUCUGCUAAGAACCGGAGUCGAAAAGCUCUGGAGAUUCGGAGUGUAGUGGAGGGACGGAGGGUGAAUCAGAGCUCGGCUGCUGGAGUGUUAUGGAAGUUCCUGACAAAGGAGAAGCCUUCUAUGAGGAGUUGUACUCUGAGGGGAAGCACGGUCUGCGGGUGGAAAACAUGCCCUGCUUCAUCCCCAACGAUCGCAGUAAGAAGAGACUGAUCCAGGAUACGGAGGAUUGGCAGCCACGCACCGGCACCACCCAGUCUCGCUCUUUCCGAAUCCUUGCCCAGCUCACAGGCACUGACUUCAUGCAGGACCCGGAUGAUGAGAACUUGAAAAGGUCCAGGGAAAAGUUCCUCUCUGAGAUUCAGAGUCCCCGCUAUGCCAGGCUGAGAGACUGGCAUCACGAGAGAUCCGCCCGUUCCCUCAACAUCAAGUACUGAACGCUCUGCCUCCCGGGCAUCAGACGGCCGAGGUGGCUGAGAUGCAGUCGCUCUAGAAACAAAUGCACCGCUGCAACACCGCGUGCCAGCUAUGGGUGAACACCGACCCCAGCUAUACCAGGACAAGAAAAAUUGGGGAUUGGGGGAGUUGUCAAGUUAAUGAAAAAAGUCAAAAAUAAAAGUAAAAAAAUUGCAAAAACAAACGUGUGAAAAGAAAUGCAGGCAUAGUCGGAAAAACCUUGCAAACUGAGCCCUACAGUCAAGUUCCCGCUAGGAAUAUCUGAAUGCUGUUGGUGUGACAUAGUCUCUUUCAAGUGGUAUCGUUUCUACAAACUGAUAAUCAUGUUAUUUUAUCAUUGUUGUUAUUUUUGUGCUUGUUCAGAGGAGUUAUCCAUCAUCGACUGUUACUAUCGUUCCUUCUUUCUUUCUGUUUGUGUUGUGUAGCCCCCUUGUGAUUCUGUGAACUUUCUUUCUCCUUUAUAUUUCAUUCUCUUUUUUCUUUUCCUGACUGUAAUUUAACAUAAUUCACUAUUAUGAUGUCAUCCGAUCGCUGUUUCUCUGGUUCUGUCUCCAAUAAGAUAAAGUAAUCUGUUGACUCAUGUCUCUUGAGUACAUAAAACAUUGUGAAACUC